AGCAUAUCGGCAUAUUCGCACCUAAUGGACACAGCACGGCACACCGACACGCUAUAUUCUGCGCACGUCAGCGGCAUUGGCCGCGUACUAGUACCCCACCCGCCGCAGCCGCAGCCGCACCCUGCUGAACCGCCAAAGACAACAAGACCGCUGCCUCCGCUUGGCAAGCCCUGGUGGAAACGCCUGUUCGUCGAUGCCAUGCUCAUCCCCUUUGUCCAGGGCUUCACGCUGAGCAUCGCCACGCAAUGGGCCCGCCACUGGCGACGCAUCGGCGGCCUGGUGGGCGUGAUCCGGCGGCGACUUCAAUAGCUUUAUUUUAAUACAUUUAGACUUCUCCUGG